AAAGCCACUACUCCUGUGACAAAUGGAAUUGUUCAAGAUGAGUUUUCUGUGAGUUUGAAGAUGAGCACCUACCUAGUAGCCUUUGUUGUUGCAGACUUGAAAAACAUCAGUAGGGAAAUUAAUGGAAGUCUGGUAUCUGUCUAUGCCAUACCACAGCAUCUAAACCAAGUUGGAUAUGCCCUAAACACGGCAGUGAAACUUCUGGAAUUUUAUCAAAAAUACUUUUUAAUAAACUACCCUCUUGAAAAAUUAGAUCUGGUAGCAAUUCCUGAUUUUCAGUCUGGUGCAAUGGAAAACUGGGGAUUGAUCACCUUCCGAGAAACAACACUCUUGUUUGACAGUAAUACUUCUUCAGCAAGGGAUAAAAAGUUAAUAACUGCAGUGAUAGCACAUGAGCUUGCCCAUCAGUGGUUUGGCAAUCUAGUAACUAUGGAAUGGUGGAACGAUCUCUGGCUGAAUGAGGGAUUUGCCACUUUCAUGGAGUACUUCGCCAUGGAGGAGAUUUUUCCAGAAUUACAUUUAGAUGAAGAUUUCCUUAAUUUGAUUUUCAAGGCUAUGAUGAAGGAUUCCUUGAAUUCUUCACGUCCAGUCUCUUCUGCUGUUCAGUCUUCAGAGCAAAUUGAAGAAAUGUUUGAUGCACUUUCGUAUAUCAAGGGAGCUUCACUUCUUUUGAUGCUAAAGCAUUAUCUCGGUAAGGAUGUUUUCCAAGCUGGCAUUGAAGUAUACUUGCAUAAUCACAACUAUGGAUCUGCCCGGAGUGAUGAUUUGUGGGACAGCAUGAAUGAGAUCACCAAUGGAACACUAGAUGUAAAAAAGUUGAUGAAAACUUGGAUUCUGCAUAAAGGAUUUCCUUUAGUCACUGUUGUCCGAAAAGGAAAGAUUAUUUCUGUACAGCAAGAGAAAUUUUUGUAUUGUGUGGAUCCAGAAAAUUGGACAUCAGACGCAAGUUAUCUGUGGCAUAUUCCUCUGACCUACAUAACUAGUAGCUGCAACUUGACCCAUUGUACUAAUGCGUAUUUACUGGACCAAAAGUCAG